AUGGUGGUGUUGGCAAAACAACUCAAAGAGAGUAGUCUCAUGAUGAGCCAAUAUGUAAAAAAUACCAAAAAGAUACUUGAUUCUACUGAGGAAGCCAUUGAACAUAGCUUGGCAAGCACAGGUCGUGUCAAUGUGAGAGCAAAUGCAAUAUACUCAGAGAGUUCCAAGACUUCUUGCUUAACAUGGUUUGUGAUGUUUGUGAUGAUGUUGGUAUUUGUCAUGGUUAUUCUUCUAAUCCGUGUCACAUAG